AAAAACUCCGAAGUACCAAAUUUUCUCACACUCUCCUCAGAGUCAAUUUUGCGGUCCUCCUUAAUUGCUUGUGUAGGAAACCCCCUUUGGUUUUCUUGUUUAGUUUAUAGCAUAAUCAUACACCCUUUUAGGUACUAUACAAAAUAGCUUCAUAUUGUAGCCAAUAUGUUUUAGAGUAAAGAAGAUAUAACACGGAUUCGAUCUGAUUUUAUACGAGCCGGCCACCUUACUUCUUCUAACUUGCCCGAAGUUAAUAUUGUUUUCUGGCUAAUGAAAAUGAGCAAGAAUGCUCCUUUAUCUAGAUGGCCUUGGGAAAAUCUUGGUGGUUUCAAGUAUCUAUUAUUUGGGCCAUUGGUAGGACAAAUCAUACAUUCAAGACUUCAAGGUGAUCAUGAUCAUCGUUUAGCAACCAAUUGGUGUUUCCACAUUCUAUUGAUAAGCUUGCUUAGAUUUCAUCUAUACAUGUGGUGUACAAACCUUUGUAACAUGCUUUUCCUUAGCCGAAAUCAUCGAAUUAUUCAAAAAAGCAUUGAUUUUGAACAAAUCGACAAAGAACGUAACUGGGAUAAUUUUGUAAUUUUCCAAGCUUUAAUAGCUUCAUUGGCGAUUUACUUGUUCCCUCGUGAAUUUGCAAAUCUAUCAGUGUGGGAUGCCAAAGGGAUUGUUGCCAUUGUAUUGGUCCAUGUGCUUGUAUCAGAGCCACUUUACUAUUGGGUGCAUAGAUUCUUGCAUGAAGAUGACCUUUUUACCCCUUACCAUGCAUUGCACCAUUCAUCAAGUGUGCCACAACCAGUCACAGUUGGAAGCACCUCAUUUUUAGAAGAGUUAUUAGUUACAACAGUGAUCGGAUUACCAAUUCUUGGUUGUUGUUUGUCCGGAUACGGAUCUAAAACCUUGAUAUACGCAUAUAUUUUCGUCUUUGAUAUCUUACGAUGUUUGAGCCAUUCGAAUGUCGAGGUGGUGCCUCAUUGGAUUUUCGAGGACUUCCCCUUCUCCAGAUAUCUUAUCCACACCCCGACAUACUAUAGCCUACACCAUACUGACAUGAAGACCAACUAUUGCCUGUUUAUGCCCCUCUAUGAUGCAAUAUGGAACACAAUGAACACAAACUCUUGGGAUCUACACAAAAAAGUUAAUAUAGAUGCAGGCAAGUCAGCAAGGGUGCCGGAUUUUGUGUUCCUGGCUCAUGUGGUAGAUAUAUCUUCUGCACUUCACGUUCCUUUCGUCUUUAGAUCAUUUUCAUCGAACCCCUAUAGUGUCCGGCUUUUUUUACUUCCAUUUUUGCCAUUUACAUUCGUCGUGAUGCUAGUGAUGUGGGCUCGGGCCAAAACGUUCCUCGUGUCAUUUUACAACCUUAGGGGGAGAUUGCACCAAACUUGGGUAGUUCCACGAUUCGGGUUCCAGUAUUUCUUGCCAUUCGCUAGUGAAGGAAUUAACAAGCAAAUUGAGGAGGCCAUUCUAAGAGCUGACAAAUUGGGUGUAAAGGUCAUUAGUCUAGCUGCCUUAAAUAAGAAUGAAGCACUUAACGGAGGUGGAACGUUGUUUGUGAAAAAGCACCCAAAUUUGAAAGUGCGAGUAGUCCAUGGGAAUACAUUGACUGCCGCUGUUAUUCUUAACGAGAUUCACGAAGACGUGAAAGAGGUGUUCCUCACCGGUGCCACUUCAAAGCUCGGACGAGCCAUUGCACUUUACCUUUGUAGACGAGGCGUUCGAGUUCUUAUGCUGACUGAGUCAACAGAAAGAUUUAAUAACAUUCAAGAAGAAGCACCAGCAGAUUGUCAGAAAAAUUUGGUCCAAGUCACCAAAUAUCAAGCAGCAAAAAAUUGCAAGGCGUGGGUGGUGGGGAAAUGGAUUACCCCUGGACAGCAAAGAUGGGCACCAUCAGGAACACAUUUUCAUCAAUUUGUGGUACCACCCAUCUUGCCUUUUAGAAGGGACUGCACUUAUGGCGACCUUGCUGCCAUGAAACUACCCGAUGACGUUGAAGGCCUUGGAUCUUGCGAGUAUACAAUGGGAAGAGGAAUAGUGCAUGCUUGUCAUGCUGGAGGUGUGGUACAUAGCUUGGAAAGAUGGACUCACCAUGAAGUUGGAGCUCUUGAUGUUGAUCGAAUCGACGUUGUUUGGAAAGCAGCUAUGAAACAUGGUCUUAAGCCUGUUUCUAGUCUUCCUAAAUGAUCUACUUUGUUCAAAUUCAUAAUUUAUUUCUCAUCAUAUUCUUGUUCCAUGCUUCAUUUGGGCAACUUUAAUUAGGCUGGAUUCAAAAUGUAUGAACCCAAUCAUGUACCAAUUAAAAAGCUACUUUAAACAUUUAUGGAUCUACACACUUGUAAUAUGUUUUGAACUUGAGAAAUCCAAACCAACAUAUAAAAAGGCUA